AAAGAAAAAAGCAUUUUUCACUUCAAUUUCAGUUUCAACUUCAAUUUCAAUUUUUCUUCUCAAUUUCAAUUCCUUGAAUUUGAUCAGAUCUGAUUAUUCUUCCAAAAAUUUCCAAAUUCAGUCGCUUUCCACGUCAGUCGUUAUCCCCUCCAAAAGAAAUUUUUGAACUUGGGGAUUUUAGUUGUAUAAAGAUUACAAGUAAGAACCUAAAAUGUUUCGUUUGGAGCAGAAAAAGUUUCGAAAGCGGGUUUGAUUUCUUCAAGUUUCAAACUUUUCAACAAUCAACUGCUACCCACCUUGCCGGUUGUUGCUAUGGCCGACGCUUUAUCGGCUAUUCCGGCAGCCGUUCUUCGCAACCUUGCUGAUAAGUUAUACGAAAAACGCAAAAAUGCUGCUCUUGAGGUUGAGAAUAUAGUGAAACAUUUAGCUAGUAAUGGAGAUCAUGAUAAAAUUGUGUCUCUCAUCAAUUUGUUGACUACAGAAUUUACUUAUUCACCUCAACCCAAUCAUCGGAAGGGGGGAUUGAUAGGAUUGGCUGCUGCAACUGUUGGGUUGACUUCUGAAGCAGCUCAGCAUCUUGAGCAAAUCGUGCCCCCUGUGCUAAAUUCUUUGUCCGACCAAGAUGUUAGAGUUCGUUAUUAUGCUUGUGAAGCACUAUAUAACAUAGCUAAGGUUGUGAGAGGGGAGUUUAUUGUAUUCUUCAACCAGAUCUUUGAUGCAUUAUGCAAGCUUUCUGCAGACUCUGAUGCAAAUGUACAAAGUGCUGCUCACCUCUUAGAUCGGCUGGUGAAGGAUAUUGUGACCGAAAGUGAUCAGUUCAGUAUUGAAGAAUUUAUACCACUGUUGAGGGAGCGCAUGAAUGUAUUGAAUCCAUAUGUCCGCCAGUUUUUGGUAGGGUGGAUUACUGUAUUGGACAGUGUCCCAGAUAUUGAUAUGUUGGGUUUUCUUCCCGACUUUCUUGAUGGAUUGUUUAAUAUGUUAAGUGAUUCAAGUCAUGAAAUACGUCAACAAGCUGAUUCAGCUCUUUCAGAGUUUCUUCAAGAAAUUAAGAACUCGCCAUCUGUAGAUUAUGGUCGUAUGGCUGAAAUACUGGUAGAGAGAGCAAGUUCUCCAGAUGAGUUUACGAGAUUAACAGCUCUCACAUGGAUAAAUGAGUUUGUCAAACUUAGUGGAGAUCAGCUUGUUCCAUAUUAUGCAGACAUUCUUGGAGCCAUUUUGCCUUGUAUAUCAGAUAAAGAAGAGAAAAUUAGAGUUGUUGCUUGUGAAACCAAUGAAGAGCUACGUACCAUCAAGGCUGAUCCAGCUGAAGGAUUUGAUGUAGGAGAAGUCCUCUCCAUUGCAAGGAGGCAAUUAUCUAGUGAAUGGGAGGCUACUCGAAUUGAAGCUUUGCACUGGAUAUCAACCCUUUUAAAUAACUAUCGCCCUGAGGUUUUGCAAUAUUUGAAUGACAUAUUCGACACCCUGCUCAAGGCACUUUCAGAUCCAUCUGAUGAGGUUGUUCUUCUGGUUCUUGAUGUUCAUGCAUGCAUUGCAAAAGAUCCUCAGCACUUUCGUCAGCUUGUUGUUUUCCUAAUGCACAAUUUCCGGAUAGACAAUUCACUUUUGGAGAAGCGUGGUGCUUUGAUAAUCCGUCGGCUUUGUGUGCUUUUGGAUGCUGAGAGAGUCUACCGUGAACUUUCUACAAUACUAGAAGGAGAAUCUGAUUUGGAUUUUGCAUCAAUUAUGGUUCAGGCUUUGAAUUUGAUCUUACUUACAUCAUCAGAACUAUCGGAGAUUAGAGUUCUUUUGAAGCAAACACUGGUAAAUCCUGCCGGGAGGGAUUUAUAUGUUUCUUUGUAUGCCUCAUGGUGUCAUUCUCCUAUGGCGAUUAUAAGUCUUUGCUUCUUAGCUCAGACUUACCAACAUGUGAGUACUGUGAUUCAGUCUCUGGUAGAGGAGGAUAUUAAUGUCAAAUUCUUAGUACAGCUGGAUAAAUUGAUUCGUUUGCUGGAAACUCCGGUCUUUGCUUAUCUUCGACUGCAGCUUCUGGAACCUGGAAAACAUACAUGGUUAUUUAAAGCUCUGUAUGGUCUUCUGAUGUUGCUUCCUCAGCAAAGCGCUGCAUUCAAGAUACUGAAAACUCGCUUAAAAGCAGUGCCAGCGUAUUCUUUCAAUGGUGAGCAAUUGAAGAAAACAUCCUCCGGGGCCCCCUACCAAUUUCUCCAUCACAUGUCUGGUGGAUCUCACAUCACAGAAGAUGGCGACGUAGCCGUGGACAACGGUAACUCACACAAUGCAAUAAAUUUUGCAACAAGGAUAAAACAGUUUCAGGAAAUGCAGCAACAGCAUCGCGAGCAUUUUAGAACACAAGCACAGAUACGCCGAAAGGUCAUACCUGUAUCAAAGGAGGAGGAGGUACCAAGACAAGAAGAAGAAACAAAGAGACCUCAUUUGAGUGAGCUUAAUGUUGUACCAAGAUCAUCCAAGAGAUAAAAUGCUAUUGAAUCAGUCUUUAUUAUGGCACUGAUCCAAUCCCAGUUGUAUUUGCAUUUGAACUUUGAAUGGGAUAGGGUAAUAGUAAAAUUGUAAAUCAUAAUAGCUUCUUGUUUUAUUCUACUGCUACUACUUAUCAUCAUCAUCAUCAUGGAAGAAAGAUGAGAUGCUGCAAGAUGGGUUUUGGCAUUAAGAUAAAGCUUGGGCUUUACCGGGCUCGGCCGGGCUAUUUUUUAGACCUUGUCAACUUUAUAGAUACUCACAUGGUUCUGUUGUUUUUGUUGAAAACCAUGUGGAACAGAGGGGAAUACUUCAAUUUAGAAGAAAAAAAAGUUCUAUAAUAAUAAUAAUACUGUUUAGUACUUGGUUUUCA